CCUCUCUCUCUCUCUCUGUCAUCCUUUUCUUUCACUUAUGAUAGGAUACGAAAGGAGGAAGGCAGAAAAUGAGAAAGCAAGUAUGAUUGAACCAGAGAGGAAGAGAAACAGAGAGAGAAGUAGACAAAAAAGUUUGAAGAGCUCUGGUUCCGCCAGUCAGCUCAGAGGCACAUCUGUGGGGUGCACAGCCACAUGCAACUGCUCAACCACGAGAACUUCCGGAAGACGCCUGACUCAAGCACACGGUUCCUAAGUGGUUAUACCCUAUCUGGAUAUCUACCAUGACGAUUAGCUUUCCAAAGAAGAUCUGGAUAUCUACCAUAAGAGUUAAAAAGAAAGCCCUCUGUGUACUGCUGUGUACUGCUCUGUGUACCUUCUGUGUACUGCUCAGUUCUUCAUCUUACUCCAUGACUCUAUUGGAUUAUGAACAGAGAAACUCUUUCGACUUUUCAAUCACAAAUACUACCAUCCUGCUCUGGCACUGGCCUUUCAGAAGGUCAUACAGCUUGGGUGAAAAUGUGUGUUUGGAGCAGUAUGGCUAUCGUGGAUGCCUCCUGGUGGAUAAUCAGUCCAUGUUAUCCGGGGCAGAUCUGGUGGUCUUCCACAAUCGCGAGUUGGCAUCAGGUCAGCAGAGGCUGCCAUUGAACAUCUCCCGUCCGCCUGGCCAGAAGUGGAUCUGGAUGUCCUUGGAGAGCCCAGAGAACAAUGGGAAUCUCACAGGCCUUGAAGGUCACUUCAGCUAUGUCAUGACCUACAGACGGGAUGCGGACAUACCCAUCCCAUAUGGAAUACUGGUGCCGAAAGAAGCAAGCAAUGACAGCACAGUUGGUGGCUACUUGGUGUCAAUGAAUAAAACGCACCAAGCCUGUUGGGUUGUGAGUAACUACUCGAAACGACAUAAGAGGUCUGCUGUGUUUAGCCAGCUUAGAAAAGUAAUUAAUGUGAAAGUGUAUGGGAAAAUUACGAAAAACCCUUUGGACGCAGAGUCUCUGUUACCCACAAUCUCUCGCUGCUAUUUCUACCUGGCGUUUGAAAACUCCAUCUCCAGAGACUACAUCACAGAGAAGUUUUGGCGCAAUGGCUUACUAGGGGGAGCAGUGCCAGUAGUUUUAGGUCCACCACGGGAAAAUUAUGAGGCUUUGGCACCAAAAGACUCCUUCAUCCAUGUGGACGACUUCAAUUCCAUUAAGGAGCUUGGAGAGUUUCUGAAGAAUCUGAUUGCAAAUAAAGAACGCUAUGCCUCUUAUUUUGCUUGGAAACAUCGGUAUUCUGUUAAACUGUACACAGACUGGCGGGAGAGGCUUUGUUCUAUCUGUCCUAAUCUCAGCAAAUUAAGAUCACAAAAAAUAUACCAUGACAUUGCUGCAAUGAAGAGAUAAAAAGCACAAGAUUGAUAUUCUAAAUAAUACUUGAUUUUCUAAUCGUUUUAUAUUUUGUGCUUGUGCAAUAUACUGUACUCAUUUUGUUUGUGCACCAUUUUGUUCCAACACAGUUCCAAUACAUUCUACCUCUAAUGUUGAUCUGCUCUUGCCUAAUGCCUGGGUCCCAGGUGGAUCUGAGAGCUAACUGAAUUUGCUCAGGCAGAACUGAUUUCCACCUAGCCAAAAACUAACCGGACCAAUCACAACCGUUGCUCCAGUAUGGGGCAGGUUGACUGUAGAGCAACGUUUAGACACUUUUUAGACACUUUUUGCACAUAACCAAUGUCUGUGCCGGUCACAUCAGUAGUAAUGAUGAGAAUGUGUUUUUUCUUGAAAAAUAAAUAAUUGAAUGU